AUGGAGGUGCAAUUUCAGAUAGCACACCUUGGUACCGUUCAACAAAUGGUUGUCCAACACAAUAAGAUGUCACGUGGGCACUUCAAGCUGACUCUUCCUAUCGAUACGCUAGUAUUUGCAAAACCAGAGGAACCAUUGGGAAAGCUACAGGAUCAGUUUGUGGAAUCAGUCACCACACAGGUAUCUGCAAUGAGUGAUUGCAUUCAGCGAUAUACAAAAGGAAAGACUGUUCCACAGCCGCAAGCAUUCCACUUCGAAUUACCAGAGAAAAUGUCUCUUACUACAGUAAUAUUUCCUGCUGGAGUCAGUGAUGAAGCUCUGGAACUGCAACGGAAAGAAUUACAUGCUAAGUUUGGCCUAGAAAACAAACCCUUCUUCCGCCGUCAAAUGACUUUUGAUUUUCCAGAUGAUGAGGCGAAAUCAACUUACUACAAAGAUGUACAUAAGUAUAUUCCUGCUCCUGAUCCCAAUGAGUUCAAGGUUUCUCUUAUACAUGGAUCCUACACCUUUCAUCAUUGCUUGCAAGAUGAUGAAAACGACAGAGAAUGGGGUGCGCCAUACCAUUGUUUGCAAGUCGUCAUCUCCUGGUACUACUUACAGGGUUACAUUGACACACCCGUGCCUCUGAUUUCAGAGAUGCAAGAAAUCUUAAUAAAAAUUGACGAAGAUUACACGAGAGUUGUGAAUGAAAAUGCAUGGCUUAAAUCUGAUGAGAUGCUAGCAAUAUUAAAAUAUUUUAAUAUUUCAUGUAAAACCACAGAUAUCCGGAUAAGUGCUGAGAAAGAAAUAGAUCUUACUCCUCAUUUCAAUGAAGAAGGAACUCCGAUUGUGAUUUGGAAGAGUCCAGUUUUUUCUGAACCUAAAGCAUUUAUUUUGCUGGGGAUGGCAAUAAAUGAAGACUCAGACACGAGCAAAGUCCUUGUCUUAGACACAAUGUACACAAGACUGAAUGACUUUAACUGGAUAAUUGAUAAGGCUAUCGAGUGGAAAGGACAUGAAUUCUGGGAAGAAAUGGAGAUUUUUGCUUUAAUUAUGCCUCUGCGACCAAGGGGUAUUUAA